AACAAUCAUCUGUUGAAUGUUUCAGUGACGGGACUCGAGCCAGACUUCGUAUACCCGUUGGAGAACUUAACGAUCUCGCAGGGUCGAGACGCAACCUUCACCUGCGUGGUGAGCAACCUCGGUGGAUACCGGGUGAGUCCUUCCUCCUCCGUGAGCGGAGAUCACUCUGGCGGCGCCAAGGCCCGGGUGGCGUGGAUCAAAGCCGACACCAAGGCCGUCCUGGCGAUUCACGAGCACGUGAUCACGAACAACGCCCGUUUAUCAGUUACACACAGUGACUACAAUACGUGGACGUUGAACAUUCGUGGGGUACGCCGAGAAGACCGGGGCAUUUAUAUGUGUCAGGUCAACACGGAUCCUAUGAAGAGUCAGAGUGCGUUUCUCGAAGUGGUGAUACCGCCGGAUAUAAUAUCCGAAGAAACCUCGAACGACCUGAUGGUACCCGAGGGUGGGUCUGCAAAACUAGUAUGCAAAGCCCGCGGUUAUCCAAAACCUGAGAUCAUUUGGAAACGGGAGGAUGGCGCCGAGAUUAUUUCCCGUGCCGGAUUGUCUGGUGGCAAAACGAAAUUAGCAGCCGCCGAAGGAGAAACGCUGACUCUGUCGAAAGUAACCAGAAGCGAGAUGGGCACUUACCUGUGCAUCGCGAGUAACGGAGUACCACCAUCAGUCAGCAAACGGAUGAUGUUGCACGUGCACUUUCACCCCAUGGUUCAAGUACCGAACCAGCUAGUCGGUGCGCCAACUGGAACCAACGUUACGCUGGUCUGCCUCGUCGAAGCUUCCCCCAAGGCCAUUAAUUAUUGGACACGCGAAUCAGGUGAAAUGAUAAUUAGCAACCACAAAUACUCGAUGUCAGAGGUGAAGACGUCCGUGUACAGUGUGCAGAUGCGAUUGGUGAUCAUGAAUCUGCAAAAGCAGGAUCUCGGUGGUUACAAAUGCAUCUCGAAGAACUCGAUCGGCGAUGCCGAGGGAAACAUUCGACUUUACGAUAUGGAUCUGCCGAAACACUCGAAGAAAUUCAUAAGAGGGGAGGAUGACACGAACGAGGCGAUCAACGAUCGAGAUCACAGACUGAAUCACGUGUAUCAAGGUUCUUUAAGGGAAACAGGUUCGACUUUGGAGCCAUUCUUCGAAAGCGACGACGUGUCUUCGUCGACAUCUUCGAACGACAUUCUACCACCCGCCUCUUGCAUCCUUUUGAUAGCAUUUUCCCAAUUUUUCGCUUUCGCGUAAAGAACGUUAUUAAAAAAAAAAAAAAGAGAAAUAAAAACACGCGUGA